AAAUUCUUAUGUCAAAAGUCGAAUAUAUCAAAUAUGAAAUGUUAGAUCGUUUAGAUAAACAAAUAAACUAUUUCCCAUAUAGUAACCUUUAAAAAUGAUAUUUUAAUAAUAUACCAAUCAUUAUUAAGCUAGCAUAAAACUGAAAAUGGUUGUUAACGCUCCAGAUUCUCCUAUCACAGCCGAAGUUAUAUUUGUUAUAGAGGCAACGUCGGCAAACAGCGCAUAUAUUAGUGAAUUGAAAACUAAUUAUAUUGUACCAACAUUAGAAUAUUUCCAUGGAGGAGCCUUAGAAGAAGGUGUAGGUAGUGGCUCUGUGUAUGGAAUAGUCACAUAUCAGUCUGCAGAUUGUGUUCCUGGCCUGCCCGUGUCAACAUAUGGCCCAUUCACAUGUCCCCAAAAUGUUGUGGAUACAGUUGAUAAAAUACAGUAUAUAGGCGGACAUGCUGAAAGCAAGGCAUGUCUAACAGAAGCCUUAACAGCUGCCUUAUCAUGCCUAGAGGAAUUGGGACGGACAGACAUACCUCUUCAUGUUAUUUUGCUAUGUUGUUCACCACCAUAUUCAGCUUAUGCUGGGGGACUAGUACCUCCAGGUGCUCCAGCGACAGUAGAACAAGCAGCAAGAUUAGUAGGAGAACGAGGUGCACAGUUGUCUGUUGCUGCAGCCCGAAGGAUACCAGCUCUGUUGGCAUUGUAUGAACACGCCGGGGGUGAGCUACACGCCGCACAACAGAGGAACUAUGCUAAGGAUCCGCGCCAUCUAGUGCUUUUAAGAGGGUACAGUUUGAAAGAACGUCCGCCCAGUCCAGCGCCUCCACCCGUUCCUGACAUACAGACUGAUGUCUACGGGUAUGCCUGCUUGAUUUCUCUCUGUACACUUGAUCAACGUACUAACACUAAAUCAUCCUUCCAGCGCAUGAUCCAACCGGGCCCCUCCAAUCCCGGCGUGGCGGUACCGGCGGCAGCUAACGUGGCCGGCGUGAGCGGCGUGUCCAACGUCGGUAACGUCAGCAACGUCAGCAAUGUCGGUAACGUCAGCAACGUCGGUAACGUCGGCGUUGGCCAGAUGCAGCGCACGUUCAUAUGGAGCGGAGUGCUAGAGUGGAUGGAGAAGGGCAAAGCGCCGGGCGAUCAGCAGAAGGUCACCAAGCAUUUGCCGUGUCAAGUCUCAGCAAACUCAAAGGAUAUAGAGCCGGAGCUGAAAGUGGAUACAUGGCCGAACAAACUGCUAAUGCAGUUGAUGCCAAAGCAGUUAAUCAGCAACAUCGGCGGACAGUACUUGAAGGACAGCAAGUCGGUGCUGUUCCACCUGCAGCAGAAUGAGGCGCUGGAGGCGUUGACGAAGGUCAUGGUGAACGGGUUUGCUGGAUGCGUGCACUUCUCCCCAAUGCCGUCCCCACCGCAGUGCGAUAUCAAAGUGCUGAUCCUAUUGUAUACGCCUGAUAAGAAAGCGUAUCUCGGUUUCAUACCCAAUAAUCAGGCCACGUUUGUUGAUCGACUGAGAAAGGUGAUUCAACAGCAGAAGAUGAACAAGCAGAUGCCAGCGCCGGUGAGCGGCGCGGCUGGCCUGCCACCCAAUAUGCCACCUUCUACCAUGCCCAGUGGCGGCAUGGGCAGUUCGGGCAUGUCAGCGGGCAUGGGCAUGAACCCCGGCCUCUCCAAUCAGCAGCACCCGCAACACGCGCAACACGCACAGAGUAUGAUGAUGGCGGGUGGUAUGGGCGGCCAAGUGUCGCAAGUGGGCCAAGUUGGUCAAGUGGGCCAAGUCGGGCAAGUCGGGCAAGUCGGGCAAGUGGGCCAAGUUGGCCAAGUCGGUGGUAAAGGCCCGCGACCGGUCAGCCAGCUGGAUGGCCUUGAAGCGGCGAGGCAGCAGAACUUGGAGAAGAUACAACAUUUGCAACAGACGCUGGAAGCAGCUCACCAACAAGAAGCCCAGUUUAAAUCGCAGAUGGAUAUCAUGUCGCACCUGCAUGCGGCGCAGCAACAGGAGCAACAUUAUAAGCAGCUUGAGGAGCAACAACGUAAGCACCAGUUGCAACAACUGCAGCAAAUCCGCGGUGCUGCUGGGCAUCCGCCGCGGAUCAUGCCGCGCGGCAUCAUGCCCACCAACCCGGGGCUGCGGCAUCUGUUGCAGCAGCAACCGCAGUAUCGCCCUCAGGGAGGCUCGGUGCGACCCUCCUCACAGUCUCAGCAAUUCGAUGAUGUCAACAAUUAUAGUGACUUCCUGUAGCUCUUAGUGCUAACCUUAAGUUAAUUUAGUGGUAAAUGAAAUGUUAGAAGUGUUGAAUCGGUAUGCCACAAGGAAAAGUUAUUAAGGCAUAAGGUGAGAAAGAACAUGGGCGAACCCGCGGUUAUCUGCUAGUUAAAAAAAAAAUUGUGUUAUUUUAAUGUAAAACGUGUACAGAUGUGUUUUUCGAGCUUGAACAAAUUAAUAAAAUUGCAAAAAAAAAGAUCUGGUUAGUACUUUUGAUUAUAUAAAAAAGCUUUAGUUUCAUAAAGCAGAGUUGGUGUAUGUAUUUGAAAAUAGUAUAUAAUACAUGAGGGUACAAUUUUCUUACAGAUGUAAUUUUAAAUGCAAAAUGAUAACACACUUUUGUAUUUUUUUGAAAAUUGAUAUAAGUAGGAGAAGUAAGUGAUAAAAUUAAAGUCAUUAAUUAGUCUUCAUUAUUAAAGACGUAAUUUCGUAUUUGAUAUAUAAUUGGUUGAAUAAAUGCUUGCCAAAAAUUGAGUUUUAAAAUACUUGAAUUUUUAUACAUUUAACGUUUAUUUGGUACAGUGUUUUAUUUAAAAUGAUCAGAAAUGAAAACGUAAUAUUUUGUAUCUC